AGACAAGUGCGCAUCUGAUAUUUCACAGCAUCAGAAGAUCUGAGGUUUUUGCUUCAACAGUGAUUGAACGGAACCCAUCAGAUUUACAUCCCAUCAUACUUCAUAUUUAUUAUUUUACCAAGGUUUUGAUAAGAAAACGAAAAAAAUUUUUUUAGCAGAAAUGGAUUCUCAGAUUCGACAGAACUAUGAUCGUGACUGUGAGGCUUUGAUCAACAAGAUGGUGAAUUCGGAGCUGUAUGCUUUCUACACUUACACUUCUAUGGCUCAUUACUUUAAACGGGAUGAUGUCGCCCUUUGUGGUUUUGCCAAGUUCUUCAAGGAGAGCAGUGAGGAGGAGCGCGAGCAUGCUGAGAAAUUCAUGGAGUUUCAGAACAAGAGGGGUGGACGCAUUCUUCUACAGGACGUUCGGAAACCUGAUCGUGAUGUGUGGGACAAUGGACUGACUGCUAUGCAGUGUGCUCUGCAGCUGGAGAAGAAUGGCAACCAGACUCUGCUCGAUCUCCAUAAAGUUGCUUCUCAGAAGGGCGAUCCUCAUCUGUGUGACUUUCUGGAGAAGCAUUACCUGAAUGAGCAUGUUAAGGCUAUCAAAAAGCUUGGUGAACACAUCACCAACCUUUCCAAGAUGGAUUCUGGUAACAACAGGAUGACAGAGUACCUGUUUGACAAGCACACCCUGGACGGAGGGAGCUAAAUAUAGCCCUAAGCUUUUAAUGAAGCCCAACAUCUAUACACUGUAAAAACAAUUUUUUGUAGAAAUGACAGUAUUACUGGCAGUGUCAACUUACUGUAGAUUUUACAUUUGUGUUAUUUACUGGCAAGUUUGUUCAAAGUUCAAUGAACAUGAAACAUUUCCAGUCCUUAUCUUCCACAGUAAAUUACUUGCAACCAGCUGCAUAAUUACAGCAAUUUUUUUACAGUGUACUAUACAUCACUAUGUUCUUACAAAAUCAACAAUAUAAUGGUGUCCUAAAGCUUGUGUGACAAACUGAGAAAGAAAAAAUCCAUGUCACAAAUAAUAUCACGGUCUUUGUUGUUUUCUUGUUGAAUUUAAGUGGUUUUAAUGUAGUGUAUCUGAUGAAUAAACAUUUGAGCUGGA